CGCAGCCGGAGGUGCCGUGGCUGGUGUGCCCCGGUGAGGAUGUGCUGCAAGCCGUGGCUGUCAGCGAUGAAGUCACGCAUCGUCCCUCGCAUCCAGGGCGGCGUGAGAUGGGCUGUGAGAGACCAUCUGGCCUACCAGCGGCAUCCUGCCCACGGCAGGGCGCUGGAAUUAGGUGGUCUUUAAGGUCCCGUCCAAUUCAAACCAUUGUUUGAUAAUCUGCCAGCCGUACUGCUCCUUCAGAGUACGAGGAAUUCUGUGCAUCAAUUGUAGGUGAUGAUGAUGGAGGAAAGCUCUUUACACCCGAGCAAUAUGAAGAGUACAAAAGAAAAGUAUUACCAGCUCGGCUGCAGAACAGGUUGUAUGUGAGCUGGAGAUCACCAACUGGCAUGGACUGUAAGCUUGUGGGGCCAGAGACACUGUGCUUCUGCACCCACCGGUAUAAACAACACAAAACAGACUACGAGGAGCUGCCCAAGGAGCGCCCCAUCAGCGUGCCGUGCAGAGUGAAGGGCUGCCCGUGCCAGUGCUACCACUUUGUGCCCCUGAACGGCACCCAGCCCGUGCGCUGCCGCUGCAAGCACUUGGCGGAGCAGCACAGCGCCGCGCCCGGCUUCCCCUGCAACUCCUGUUCCAAGUGUUCAGGCUUUCACAGCUCCUUUACCUGUGCCUGUGGUCAGCCAGCAUAUGCUCACGAAACAGUUGUGGAAACCAAGGAGGAGCGCUUAGCCCAAGGAAAGCCCGUGGGGCAGGAUGUUCCUUACGCUGCCAUGGGAGGACUGACUGGUUUUAGCUCUCUAGCAGAAGGCUACAUGAGGCUUGAUGACAGUGGAAUAGGUGCUCCUUCUGCUGAACUUUUAGAAGCCCCGGUUACUAGCAUGGAUCAUCCAUUUCUAAAAGCAUUUCAGGGGCCUUCAAGUUCCACUCAAUCCAUGCCACAAAUAGCAGGUAGUUCAAGUGCCACAGGGCAAGUUUCUGACAGAAAACAAUCAGAAGCUGAUGACAUGGCUUACUUUGAAAAACGCUAUCAAGAACGGCUGAAAAUGGAGAAGGCUGCUAAACAGAAAGAGAGGAAUCCAGUGCCAUCAAAGAAGCAAUGAGAUUAAUAAAGAUUAUUAUUGCAUUGAUUAUUUUUCUCUGUGCCUACCUGCAUAGCUGUAUUUAUUCAUUUAUUUAUUCUUUUGCUUUGUUCCUUUGCUGAAAUUAAUUUUAAUUAUCUCAUUGUAAUAAAAUGUGUUCUUUAAUCAAUGUGUUUCUAAUCUCCAGAACUGUUACACAGAUAUUUCUUUGAAAAUGGAGAAACAUAUUUAGAGAGUUGCAGGUCUGAGGGUUUAAGCUCUGAGAGAAUAACCUUGUAUUUAUAUAUUAGAUUGUAGGAGGGCAAAGAAAAGAUGUCUUAUUCUUAGACUUUUAUGAUACAUCUUCUUUAUUUGUAGAGUCCUUUAAACUCAUCUUGGUUAUGGAUUUUAUAUGGUGAGAUUUUUUCUGUUAAUAUUGACAUUUUAAUAUUUUCUUUAAAUCUUUUUCCCCUUUAUGUUGAUUUCAUCUCCUUGACAUAAAAUUCAAACAUACCCUUCUUCUCUCACACUUCUGUAGGCUCCAUUCUUGCCAUCAUAUAAAUGUUUUUUUAAAAAUGUGACAUUCUAUACACUUGCAAACCCACUUCCAAGCUUAUGAGUUACUUGAAGGGAUCUUGCUUGUAUACUUUAUCCCAGAUUUCUCUAGUGGUACUAUUCCCCCAAUUCUAUUUGUCUGUUACUAUCCAUAACAAUUAUUAGACUAAAAUUCUGAAAACCUUAAGUGGCAAUAGAUAUGUUAUUUAUAGCAUAUAAAACAAUCAUUGCAUGCUGUUUGGUACGUACUUAUUUAUCCAAAGUUUCAUCAUGUCUAAUCCAACACAGACUGAAUCACCUCAGGGAGAUUUGCUUUUGUUUUCUUUGUUCAUAUUCACAGCUGUGGCAAUUUAUGUUGCAUUAAAGGUAGUGGACAGGAAAAUAUAAAAUUGUGAAUGUGUGGUGUAUGUAUUCUGCAAAGCAGCACAGCAAGAACUUGGUACAGAAUAAUUGGCAGAGAGUGCAGCUUAGGAGGCAAAAGCAGAGCCUGAGUUAACUGAUUCUGCUUUGAGAACAGAGAGGUGUAACUCAGUUUCUUCUUAAAAAUACCUGGACGUGUCUCUUGGACUGGAGAGGAGACCUUACAGGAGGUGUACUGAGACUUUACAGCAAGAACUGGGAGAAGCCUGCAAAGCUUUGUUUCCCAUUGGAGAGAGUGCCUGAUUGUGCCUGAUGGGCAAAGGAAAAGAGGUGAGUUUGAAGGCAUUUACUGCAGGGCAACUUGGGUUUUCUCCAGAUAUCACCUGUGGUGUGGAGGCUCAGUUUUAAGAGAGCCUUUAACCUUUUACUCUGACCUAUACUGUCCUUAGUACAGAUGCCAAUCAGAGAGACUAAUCUGUUAUUUAAAUUUAAAUGCAUAAUGCAUCAAAGUCUCUAAUUAAUCUUUUAAAAGUACCUCUACUGUUAAAUUCUACAGUUACAAGCUGUUUUAGCCUAAUAAAUGAAAGUACUCAUUUGAGCUCCCUCUUCUGGCCCUGGCAAGCAUUCCAUUCUACACAUGCUCUGCUUGGUCUUGAAAAUAAAUGGGGUUUUCACAAUGUAAUCACAAGAAACCAACAAACAUAAAUAACAUUCAUAAAGAAAAGUAAAACAAAAAUACACAAAAAAAAAAAUUCAAAGAGAUUAUUACAAACAUAAUUGUGGAAGUUUACUCUAGUUUCCUACUUAUCCCUGUUACUACACCCAUUGGGGAAUGCAGUUCUGGAAAUGUCUGUGUGCGUGUUGCAGAAGUCAGCUUUCUCACAGCAAAAUAUUGUUAAAGAGAGAGGUUACAAAAACUUUUAUUUUGUGUUCCUUUUGAUACCGAGAGCAUAUAUUCUAGGAAAUAAUUUAUUUUACAUUUUGAGUUGACAGUAUUUGUCUGUUUUAAAUGUUAGCUCUGCCAAAUUGAGACCUACUAAACUGUACUUUAAUAAUCAGAACCUGGUUUUAUUAAA